AUGGCGAUGGGUCUUCUGGGUCCCAUCGAUAAUGGGAGCCGAAGCUUCAAAGAAAAGGCUCGUAAGAUUGACUGGAUGGGUGUUAUGGCAUCAAUUGCUGGUAUCGUGUUGACGGUUCCGACACAGAUGGCCAUCAACUCUGGAGGCAGCAUGUGGACCUGGAAGAAUGUCAAGACUAUCUCCAUCCUCACCAUCGGCGUCAUCAUGCUGCUGGUUUUCAUCAUUAUCGAGGCUUUCUUUGCCCGAAUCCCCAUCAUUCCGAUGAGACUGUUUAAGCAAAUAUCCCCAGCUGUACUCAUCCUCACAGGAUUCUUGCACGACUUCGCUUGGCAAUCUACACAGUACUUUGUUCCUCUGUACUACCAAACUGUUCGCGGCUUCACGCCUCUGAAGAGCGCCACGCUCAUUGUACCGUUCCUCCUAGCGCAAGGACUUGCUGGCGCUGCUUCGGGACCCAUCAUGGCUCAUUAUGCGAGAUACAUGCCUAUAUGGCGGACUGGUUUCACAAUUUGGACAAUCGGCGCAGGCCUCAAGCUUCUGUUCAAUGAGCACACUUAUGUCGCUGUCUAUGUCGUGGUUCUAGCUGUUGAAGGAGCAGGGAUAGGAUGGGUACAUCAGCCAGGCCUUGUUGCUUUGCAGGCCAACUCUGUGGACGAAGAUCGUGCUGUGGCAACAGGAACCCGCAACGUCUUUCGUUCCCUCGGUGGCGUUGUUGGUAUCGCCGUGUCCACAGCCGCAUACUAUGCUACUCUCAGCAAAGCUCUUUUACAACCCAACGCGGUGCCGGAAUGGCUUCGUGACCGAGUCUUGGAUGGUACGUGGGCUGUUGGGGACCCCACCACUGCAGAGUUCGAGAGCGCCAUCAUCGAUGCGCGCAUGCAAGGAUUCCGAGUGAUCUUCAUCACCACAAUACCUCUCAUGGCUAUAUGUCUUCUGGUCAGUUUCUUAGUGGAUGAUAUCGUGUUGAAGGGUGAUACCGCUCAGGUAGGCAUGAGCGAAGGACGCCGGAUCAGCAGCUCAAUAAUUACUCCCACCGUGCCUUCGGACAGUAAGAGGGAUGGCUCUCGUGGGCGCGGGCCAAUUGUCGGCGGUCCAGAGAAUUUUGAAGAGAACGUGUCGCUCAACACCACCGAGCCAUCAUGA